UUAUAUAACUGGAGCUCUGCUGGUGCCUGUCAUUUGUCAUUUCUCCCAGACUUUGCCCGAGCGCAGUUGCUGAACCAGCUGACUUCGUUGCAUAUUCUAAAUUUAAGAGCCAUGGCUGGAAAAGUUGUGCUGCACUAUUUCAAUGGAAGAGGGAAAAUGGAGUCAAUCCGCUGGCUCCUCACCGUCGCAGAGGUUGAGUUUGAUGAGGUGUAUCUGACACGACGUGAGCAGUAUGACAAACUCAUCAAUGAUGGAGCACUCAUGUUCCAGCAGGUUCCCAUGGUGGAGAUGGACGGCAUGAAACUUAUUCAGACAAAGGCGAUUUUAAAAUAUAUAGCGGAGAAGUACAACCUGUAUGGAAAAGACAUCAAAGACCGUCUCAUGAUUGACAUGUACUCAGAGGGGCUCAUCGAUUUCCAGGAAAUGUUUCUCAUUUUGCCCUUCAUCGAAGAUGUUAAACCAAAAUUGGACAACAUUCAAAGUAGAGCUAAAGAGCGCUACCUCCCUGUGUUUGAGAAGGUGCUGAGCGGGUCCAUUUACCUGGUGGGAGGUAAACUAAGCAUGGCAGAUGUGCUGCUUGUUGAAACCUCCCUAAUGCUGGAAGAGAAGUUUCCAGCGAUCCUUUCUGCCUUUCCGAACAUCAAGGCUUUCCAGGGCAGGAUGAUUCAGAUUCCCGCCAUCAACAGGUUCCUGAAGCCAGGCAGCAAGAGAAAGAUGCAGCCGGAUGCAAUCUAUGCGAAGACUGUGAGGGAGGUGCUCAGUCAUAUGUCCAUUUAAUGAUUUACUAAACAAACAUUGCACUAUAAUAUUGUAGGUUUGACAGUUUUGCUGCUUUUUUUUUUAGAUGAAUAAUUUAGUAUCAAUCAGAAAAUAUAGAAUUAGCAGUAAAAAUUCAUGUAACCCUUAAACAUUAUGCAGCUUUUUAAAUGGAACUUUCCAAAUAAACAGUUGAGUAUUCUUCAA